AAACCAUGGACCAUUUUUAAUCUGUUUACUGUUUUUUUAAUAUUAUGUAUUUUCAUGUCAAAUCGAAAACUCGGUGUGCCGCCAAAAUUAAAACAUUUUAUUAAUAAGCAAUGUAAUUGAUACAAAAAUGUCUAAAAGAUAUUUUCCACAACAGCAAGGUGAAAGAAAAAAAGCUAAGCUUAAUAUAAGUGUAUCUGAUCAUAACUUUCCCUUGAGCCAAAAUAGUGAAUUUAACAAAGUUACCAACAAUGACGACAAAUGGGGUGAUGAUAAUGAUGACGAGAUCCUUAUGUUGGCCAGCCAGGCUUGCGAGGAGGCCUGCAGCUCUAACGACAUCAGUCUUCUACCAAAUUAUAGUAUGUUUAUGCAACCAGGUUCCACCAGCACACAAAUGGGUGCAACCAGUUCUCAAAUUACAUUUCAGCCAUCGCCUAGUACAUCGAAAAGUGAAUUUACCUUUAAAAGGCCCUCUUUCAACUCGCCUUCCGCUAUAUCAACACAUUUAAAAGAGAAAUGCAACAGAAUAUCUUCACCAUUACCGGGAAUAUCGUCUAAAGUGAUACCAAAAGCCAACGGACAAGUCAACCUGUCUGAUGAAUUGAUAUUCAAUGACAAAGUAUGUAAAGGGCAGGAUAUUGACCAGAUGUACAGGAAACUGCUUCAAAUGCAAGAGGAAUGUGAAAAGUUGAAGUCUGUGAAUGGCAAAUUAUUGGAAAAGUGUAUAACAAAGGAAGGUGAGGCUUCUAUCUUGAGGACACAGUUGAAAACUUGUCAGACUUCAGUUGAUAAUGCCAGGUUGGAGAAGAUUAAGGCUUUAGAGAAGGUUCAGGUGGAGUGUACUGAGAAACUAACUGCUGCUAACAAGCAAAUGCAUGAUUUGAGGACACAACUUGAUUUUAAGAAUCUAGAAAUAAUAAGUAUAAAGGAGAAAUGCAAGAAAUUGGAGACUACUAAAGUUAAAUUGACACAAGUUAUGGUAACAGGAAAUGACAUAUCACAAAGUCACAGAGUAAACUUGACACAGAAUGAGUCAAUUACAAACCAAAGCAAGCGGGCAAAGACAUUAUCUACAUCUGUACAAACUGAAAACCAAGCACCACUGCUGCAACUCCAUAAAACUUGUGAACCAGGUAGUGAUAAGCAUCCCUCAAUACUACCCUUCAUACUGGAGCCUAGUGUAGGCCAAAACCAUUCCAUAUUAGAUUAUAAUGACAAGCUGCAGAAGACUGCGGACUACUCCCAGAACAAGUGCAGGAUCUACAGUACAUUCCACCGAGUGCCUUCCAGCCCAGUGCCUAAGGAGACUGGCAAAACUAAAGUGUUGAUGAGUAGUGUCUAUGAAGAUAUCACCAGCAUAUUUGUUGGGAAUUGUGAAGGAAUAGAGCAGAAAUAUUUUAAUAUUUUUAAUACAAUAAGGAGAGUUUUAAACGAGACUCGCAGUAGGCUGGAGACAGUGUGCCAGCGAGUGACGACCUCCUUUCAAAAGGAAAUGGAUGAGAAGUACAUGGAAGUCACUUCUAACUACCAAGUAGUCACGAAGGAGGAUUUACUGAGAGGCAGGGCAUUAUUUAAGGAAGAGCAAGAGAUUAUGUGUAGAAGAAUGGUAGCCAUGUUGUCGUAUGUUCUAGACUCUUCUAGCGGGACGCACUGGUUUUCCAAACACGAACAGCUGCCUGAUGCCGACUCCGAGGUGAUGGAGGGUCCUGGCCAGUUCAUUGAGACUAUUCAUAGGAUAUGUGUAUUGAUUGAUAAUGCUUCUUGCGCAACUCUAUACAGCGGCCUUCUCUUAUCGAUAAUAACAGUGAUAUCAACAAUAGCAUCUAAAGAAACCAACUCUAAAGUCCUAGAGAUCAUCAAGACCAUUCUGACGUCACGGCCCAUGCCGUUCGUGGUCACAAGUAUACUAGACCUGGUGAAGAAUGUGUCAGGGUACGAGAACUUUCUGACCGCAUUCUGCCCGGGAAAUGGUACUGGGAACCUCAAAACUGAUUAUGAUCAAGGCGUGCUGCUUUAUAAGAAAGAUUCAUGUUUCAUCCAAGUACUUCUGAAGCAGACAGAAGUGUGCCUCAAGUGUAUUGAGAAGCAAAAUCUAAGAGACAAGGCAUUGGAGACAACACAGAGUCUUAUAAAUUUACAUACUAAUAUUAAUGAUGACUCUGUAGGAAGCUUGUCACGUGAGAAAACUAGAUGCGACUGCCAGCUGGUUUUAGUUCAAGUUAUUGUUUAUGCAUUACGGAUAUGUGCUGUUAUGCUAGACGGCUGUAAAAGUAAUGACUUUUGCAGCUUCAACCAAUAUCCUUGCCAAGUAUGCCAUCUGAAAAGGCUACACACUUGUACAACAUUCGCAGAGUCGUGCGCGCUGUCGCAGCAGCUGCUGCGCGUGUGUCGCUGCGGCGGGCAGCUGCUGCAGCGGCGCGCGCUGCGGGACGCCGAGCCCAGCGCGCUGGCGCACGCCGAGGGGCAUCUCGUGGACUACUGCGAGCGGCUGCGGGCCCGGGAACAUCCCGACGCAUGUACAAUCAUGCUGGCUGAACUUGCUGGAACCUUACAGUCGUCGUCUGAAGAUAUGCCGCCUUUAUUCCAUAGACAACCCUGGCUCAAGAGUUUCGAAGACUUCUCUUUGACUGAUUAAAUAUGAACUGUCAUCAUGCAAGUUGCAUGAAGGGAUCAAUUCAUUCUAGAAUAAGACAAAUGUAUAUAAUGUAAAUACCAAAAUGAUUUUGUAAUGUUUAUGAUUUUUAAGAGAAAUACAAUUAUUUAUUUAACA